AGAGAGAAAGAGAGGGAGGGAGAGAGAGUGAUCGAGCAAGCACAGGAGGGAGAGAGAGAAAAAGAGAGAGCACAGGAGAGCAAGAAAGAGAAGCAAAAGGGAACGAGAGAGUCGCAGGAGGAAGAAGGGAGAAUGCACGGUGUCUGGGUUACACUUCCACGCUUGUAUCCAGGGCCUUUGUGAAUACACCAUGGGAUGCAUCGGCUCCAGGAGACUGACGGCAGAUGGCGUGCCGGUCCAGAAGGAUGGAGAGCAGCAUGGACGUUCAGAAUUUUCAUGGGAAGGAAUCAAUCUGUCUAUGGAAGACACCACGUCAAUCCUGCCAAGGCUCAAAAGGAACUCAAAUCCCUACAGCAUCGGAGCACUGGCUAAGUCUUCUCUGUCAGGUGUGUCAGGAGUCUCUCGCACCAUGAAGGAAAGGGUGACAAAACCCACUGCCAUGGCUCAGGGUCGUGUCGCUCACAUGAUUGAAUGGCAGAACUGGGGUAUGCAGACGGUCGGUCCAGGGGGCGUUUCCCAGUGUCGACUGACCACACAGGAGCGGGAAAAGGAGCGGCGGCUGGAAAAUGACGCCUACAGUGACCUCAGCGAUGGAGAGAAGGAGGCCCGCUUCGCUGCAGGUAUCCUGCAGCAGUUUGCAAUCUCAGAGGCGACACUUCUAGCCUGGACAUCGAUGGACGGAGAGAGCCCGAGGUCGGGAUCAAACCAGGGCAGCAUGGCUCAUCUGAGCGAGGUCAACCAGGAGAGCAUCACCAGUCGAGAUCAGAUAUUGCACCACUCGUCAGCAGAGGUGUGGCCUCACACAUACGUGUCCCAGGGCCACUACUGCCUCUCCUCCUCUGAUGCCUGGGAGCCGAUCACCAACGAGCCCUCUGGCGUGGCAUCUCCCGCCGCUGGCUCCUAUGUAAUGGGGACCAAUGGGUUCGACGGGCAGUCGGCAGCUCACUUACUGUCGCAGCAACAGCAGCAGCAGUUCAGUCUACAGCAGCAGAAUCAACUACAGCAGCUGCAGCAGAUACAGCAGAUCCAGCACUACCAGCAGCAGCAGCUCCUGCAGUAUCAGCAGCAACAGGCUCUGGAGCACAGGCUGCACAGCGCCAACCACUCUUUACAAGCUACGCCCAACAGCACCAUCCACAGUCUGGUCCAUCACGUUCACCCUCCGUUGGUGGAUCUGUGGAACACGGGGCAGAUGGAGGCCUUUCAGGCCGAGGCCGGAGGCUACAUGGGUGUAGCGGCAGUGGUGGAGCCGGGUCUCUCUGUAAUGUCUGGAGAUGACAUGGUGGGAACAGAACACUCCCCCCUGCUGGAGCAGCAGGAGGAUGAGGAUGAGGUCAAGGAAGAGGAGGUGACACUGUGCAUGGAGCUGGAGUCGGCCACGUUGACUCCACCCACGCAACAAGGGGAUGCCUCUGGAGGCAGUAGUCCAGGGCAACCGCCAGCCGAGCCAAUCACAGAGCGGAAGGCUUCCGAUGUCACCUCAGGCCUCAUUCAGACACUAGAGGAGAAGGAGGAGGAGGAGGAAGAAGAGGAGGGGCCUGUCGCUUCCAUGGCAACCAACUGAGUUCCUGGCUGUUAAGAGACUCCUUAUUACAAACUGAUCAGGGAGUCAGCGAGGAAUGAGCGUAAUAACACAAUAUAUAUCUAUUAAUCUGUUCCUUUUCAGGUAUCACAAACAUGACUUUUUGGUUUGCGAGAUGAAUUCUUCUUCGAAACAGAUUUGGAACUGGACUCUUGACGAGACACGAGCUGACGCAACAAAGGACACCUGUUUCUUUGUAAGCCUUACAUCCCAAAGGUAAAGGAAGAGGAGAGUGAGGGUGGAAAAGUGAAGAGGAGGAGAAGGAGGAGCACUAACCGACAGAGACGUUUCCUUUCAAGGAAAUGAAACCACGCUGAGGUGAAGAGGAGGAGACUUGGAAACAUGCAUGCUUUUUAUGAAGACAAGCAACUUGACCCUGUCAUCAUAAUGAUAAUGAAAAUCUAACAUAAUAAAACAUAAUAAUAAUAAGGAUGAUUUUGUAAUAAAGCAAAGAAAAGAACACAAGAAAAAACCAAUGUAUAAGUGUAUGAUAAGAUAUUAUAGUUUUCCUAUGGGAGAACUACUUUGUUUACAGCUGUUUCUCGACAUACAGUAUUAGAUCAUGUUCAACCAAAUUCAUUUCCCUGGUAUAUCAAACACACACACACACACAGUAUCGUUUUUUUCACCCCAAACUCACGUGUAAUUAAAGUAGACAAAUAUUUCAGCAUUUCAGUGAAAUGCAGUUUAACCCUCUAAAAAUACAUUUUAGACGUUGUUGUGGUACCAGGAUGCCUGAGGCACAACCCAGGGACGAGCCUGUCCUGCUGACUGCACACACCAAACACUGCACAGAAAAGGAUUGUACUGUACGAUAGUGUGCUUCCUACUCUGUCUCGUCGUAUGCAUGUUUCCUCAGAAUACUAUGGGGUACCUGUACUAUACAGCACUGUAUAGACUUUGCACUGAACCGUAGUAUCCCAGGUGGGGGCCACAGUGGACCUGCAGUGGGCUUGAGUGUUGGAUAGAAAGAAAAAAAAAAAAGGACAGAGCUGCAUAAGCGAAUCUCUUUUGCACUGAUGCAAUCCAACAGAUCAGAGGUUGCCUUUGGACUGUUGAUGUUACCCAGUUCCCUCUCUGAAAGCUUUCAGCACCACCGACAACCAAAACCGAGCCACUUAACAACACAGAACCCUCAGCUGCUUGUGUUCUUUCCACAGAUGUACAUUAGAUAAGCACUGGUUUGAAUGUACUGAAGGACAGACUGGAGGCAGUACAUGAGGGUUGUUUUUGACCAAACACUCUCUUGAUAAGCAACAAUAAAUCAGAGAGUCUUUCAGAUUUAUCUCGGAUUGAAAUGGAUUCACUGCUGGCUCACCUGCACGCACAUUGUCACAGGUCACUUUUGGGGGACACUGCAUAGACUUAUUUAGACUACACACCUAGGGCUGCAAAAUGAAUUGGAAAGGAAAUCUCAAUACAGCCAAGUGUAAUAUCCAGUUAUAUCCGUAAAAAUAUCAUGAUCAUUUUCAAAUAUUUUGAAUAUAUCAUGCAGCUCUACCAAACCCUGACUUUAACCUCAGUUUUUUCCAACACAGCUUUUGCCCUUGAAGCUGUCCCCAAUGAACUAACUCCAACAGCGACGUACACAUACACAAAUAUCUAAAUUGUAACCAGCAAUAGGCAGGCAGGACACUGGUUUACCAUCAGACCAGUGUCGGCUCUGUCGCAUAGAUGUAAAUAGUCUGAGUAUGGAAGAGUUUCCUCGAGCUCUCAUUCAUAGCUUUCUUUUUUAUUUGUUUUUUCCACAUAAAAAUACUACGUAGGAAUGUCUGUGUUGCAAAUCGAGCGAUCACUCAAGCUAUCAAAGAGUUUCACCUGGUGAAUCCAUCAGUGGGGAAACAGCAGUCGGUCUGAGAUCAUGUGGGGAAAAGCGAGCCCGUGUGCCGCUCAAUCUGCCAAUCAGGGAUUAGAACAGAAGGCUUGGGCUGAACACUAAAGCCGAAUAGAUCGGUGUCUUCCUGCUCAUCAUGAUUACUGUGAAGCAGCUGCCUGGAGUGUGAUAGUGAUUAGAAUGAUGUUUGAGGAAGCAUGGGGUCAUUUCUUUUUUUGUUUUUCUCUCUUUUGCUCGAGGAAGAAUGGGUGUGUUCUUGCAAGGAGGGGAGUUCAACAGAGACAGAGAACAAAGUGGACUUUCUGUGCAUGUCUCACUGACAAACUUCACUGUUUCCAUCUUUUCCCUGUUUAUGGGGGAGCACCUUCUCCCCUCACUUUGAUGAUUGUGUGAGAAACUUUUAAAAAAUAUAUAUAUACGGUUUAUUGACUUGAAUGAAUUUAUUUUAUGAUUGCUUCUUUAUGCAAUGAUGGGGACAAUGUUUAUUUUUCUACUAACUUGUUGAAAUCCCCUCAAGUAUAAGUUAGAAUAGGUGUCAUGGCUGUAAAGCAGACUUGUGUUGAUGUAGUUUUGAGCACUUUACACAUACAAAAAAAAAACAUCAAAAGGACAGAUUGGCAGCUCUAAAUGAUAACUUCACUAAUCCUGGUUUGGACCAUUACAACUCAGAGGGCUCAAAACUGCUAACAGGAUGUCUUUACAAUGGCACAUAUUCAUUUAUUUAUUGAACAAUUACUUGGUGGGGAGGAUUAAUGUGACAGCUUGUACAGCCUAUAGUUUCAUGUAGGUACUAACCCUUCUGGGAGCAGUAUCUUUUUCACUAUGAGUCUCAGUUUCAUCAGUCUCAGACAUAAUGAGGUGGGGAGACUAUUGCUUAUAUAUUAUUUGAGGGCAACAUGUGUAAAGCUUAUCUGGACUCUCAAAGAAAUGUACAUAGACUCAAUUUAGCCAGAAAAGAUACUGCUUCAGUUUGGGUCAUUUUAUUUGAACUAAAUCUCAAUGAAUGAAUACACUAAUAACAAGAAGCCAAAUAUCUUUCUGUGGAUGUUAAGGUUUACCGACCACGUCCCUGAUAAGUGACUGAUUUUGCAGUUGAGUUCCUCUUUUUGUAUAAUUCUACUGCCAUCUUCCAAGGGUUACAGUAACUUGUCUGCAGGCAUGUCGCUCAAAAUCUGCUUCUGGUCCUCUCCCUUUCUCCUUGUCUCUCUCUUUCUAUCUCUUUGUAUCUGUUGUGUAUAUUUGUGUGUGUCUCUACGUCUGUCAGUCAGUGUACAGUAAGUUGUCUGCUGUCUUAUCCGAAGAAUCACUGCCUAAAACAAAAAAAUAACUGUAACAAUGCUAAUGAUGAAUUAGUCAGACAUGGGACAUGGAUAUAAUUUGGAAGUGUGUUGCAAAAGAAGUGCUGUAUAAAAAAAUGCUGUAUAAAAUUGGAUGGCUUCUGUAAAACUGUAUGAAAUUGGGUAUAUUAGUUUGAGAUGAGGCAGCGUGGCUGGUGAAACCAGUGCACCCUCCUAACACUCACACCUAUGCAUGCUUGUUGGACGGCUGUCACAGAAUGGUUCUUCCAUACGGUUCCCUCUCUCACUUCUGUCAACAACUCUGUUUUCUUCCUGUCUCUCUUCUUUCUCCUGCACGACAGAACCUCCAGCCCACCCCACUGCCCCGACCCCCCGACCCCCCCUGACCCCCACCUUCUAUACCUGUCUCCUCUUCUUUUCCUCCAGUGGAGAAAGAGCAAAUAAACAAAUCAACUAACAGCAUUCCUUGUGCAAAUGACUGGACAUGUUUGGGUUUUUUUACAAAGUGCAUACAAUUACAUUCUCAAGGGUGUUUGGUGGAAACUGUAAUCUGCGACCAGCUCCUUGGUGAUGUCAGGAGAAACAAUUAUCACCGUGGAAGUGGCAGCAGUGUAAUCUGGCCUGACAUACUUUUCCAAAGGCAUUCCCUCUCUGGUUCUUAUUAGGGACUCUUUUGCACCAGAAGAAUGUUAAUGACAGCUUGUUUGUUCGUGCUCACAUAUAGACUGAAGAGUCUGGAACACGACUUGACAUCAUAAACAUGUUCAUAGUUUGAUAUUUUCCUUUCAGCCCUGAAUGCUGUUACUCACAUGCUGAUAUCAGCCAUGUCAACAGCCCAAAUAUCUCAUGGAAGAUUGAGCGUGACAAGUAUUAGUGAGAGAAUGUUGCUUCGUAGACUGAUGAGUAUG